CAGACCCCGCUGCCCGCACAAAAUGUCGGCCCGGACGCCAUUGCCGACGGUGAACGAGCGGGACACGGAAAAUCAUACAUCUGUGGAUGGAUAUACUGAACCGCACAUCCAGCCUACCAAGUCGAGUAGCAGACAGAACAUCCCCCGGUGUAGAAACUCCAUUACAUCAGCAACAGAUGAACAGCCUCACAUUGGAAAUUACCGUUUACAAAAAACAAUAGGGAAGGGAAAUUUUGCCAAAGUCAAAUUGGCAAGACACGUUCUAACUGGUAGAGAGGUUGCUGUGAAAAUAAUAGACAAAACUCAGCUAAAUCCUACCAGUCUACAAAAGUUAUUUCGAGAAGUACGAAUAAUGAAGAUACUGAAUCAUCCUAAUAUAGUAAAAUUGUUUGAAGUUAUUGAAACAGAGAAGACUCUUUAUUUAGUCAUGGAAUACGCGAGUGGGGGUGAAGUAUUUGAUUACUUAGUUGCCCAUGGAAGAAUGAAAGAGAAAGAGGCCCGUGCAAAAUUUAGGCAGAUUGUAUCUGCUGUACAGUAUUGUCAUCAAAAGUGCAUUGUUCACCGUGAUCUUAAGGCUGAAAACCUUCUCCUUGAUGGUGAUAUGAAUAUUAAAAUUGCUGACUUUGGUUUUAGUAACGAAUUUACAGUUGGGAACAAAUUGGACACAUUUUGUGGAAGCCCACCCUAUGCUGCUCCCGAGCUUUUCCAAGGAAAGAAGUAUGAUGGGCCUGAAGUGGAUGUGUGGAGUCUGGGCGUCAUUCUCUAUACAUUAGUCAGUGGCUCCUUGCCUUUCGAUGGCCAGAAUUUAAAGGAACUGCGAGAGCGAGUUUUACGAGGGAAGUACCGUAUUCCCUUUUACAUGUCCACAGACUGUGAAAAUCUUCUGAAGAAAUUAUUAGUCCUGAAUCCAAUAAAGAGAGGUAGCUUGGAACAAAUAAUGAAAGAUCGAUGGAUGAAUGUUGGUCAUGAAGAAGAAGAACUAAAGCCAUAUACUGAGCCUGAUCCAGAUUUCAAUGACAUGAAAAGAAUAGACAUUAUGGUCACCAUGGGCUUUGCACGAGAUGAAAUAAAUGAUGCCUUAAUAAAUCAGAAGUAUGAUGAAGUUAUGGCUACUUAUAUUCUUCUAGGUAGAAAACCACCUGAAUUUGAAGGUGGUGAAUCAUUAUCCAGUGGAAACUUGUGUCAGAGGUCCCGGCCCAGUAGUGACUUAAACAACAGCACUCUUCAGUCCCCUGCUCACCUGAAGGUCCAGAGAAGUAUCUCAGCAAAUCAGAAGCAGCGGCGUUUCAGUGAUCAUGCUGGUCCAUCCAUUCCUCCUGCUGUAUCAUAUACCAAAAGAGCUCAGGCUAACAGUGUGGAAAGUGAACAGAAAGAAGAGUGGGACAAAGAUGUGGCUCGAAAACUUGGCAGCACAACAGUUGGAUCAAAAAGCGAGAUGACUGCAAGCCCUCUUGUAGGGCCAGAGAGGAAAAAAUCUUCAACUAUUCCAAGUAACAAUGUGUAUUCUGGAGGUAGCAUGGCAAGAAGGAAUACAUAUGUCUGUGAAAGGACCACAGAUCGAUACACAGCAUUGCAAAAUGGAAAAGACAGCAGCCUUACGGAGAUGUCUGUGAGUAGCAUAUCUUCUGCAGGCUCUUCUGUGACCUCUGCUGUCCCCUCAGCACGACCCCGCCACCAGAAGUCCAUGUCCACUUCUGGUCAUCCUAUUAAAGUCACACUGCCAACCAUUAAAGAUGGCUCUGAAGCUUACCGGCCUGGCAGUAUAACCCAGAGAGUGCCUGCUGCUUCCCCAUCUGCUCACAGUAUUAGUACUGCGACUCCAGACCGGACCCGCUUUCCCCGAGGGAGCUCAAGCCGAAGCACUUUCCAUGGUGAACAGCUCCGGGAGCGACGCAGCGCUGCUUACAAUGGGCCACCUGCUUCACCAUCCCAUGAAACGGGUGCAUUUGCACAUGCCAGAAGGGGAACGUCAACUGGUAUAAUAAGCAAAAUCACAUCCAAAUUUGUUCGCAGGGAUCCAAGUGAAGGCGAAGCCAGUGGCAGAACCGACACCUCAAGAAGUACAUCAGGGGAACCAAAAGAAAGAGACAAGGAAGAGGGUAAAGAUUCUAAGCCGCGUUCUUUGCGGUUCACAUGGAGUAUGAAGACCACUAGUUCAAUGGACCCUAAUGACAUGAUGAGAGAAAUCCGAAAAGUGUUAGAUGCGAAUAACUGUGAUUAUGAGCAAAAAGAGAGAUUUUUGCUUUUCUGUGUCCAUGGAGAUGCUAGACAGGAUAGCCUCGUGCAGUGGGAGAUGGAAGUCUGCAAGUUGCCACGACUGUCACUUAAUGGGGUCCGCUUCAAGCGAAUAUCCGGGACAUCUAUUGCCUUUAAGAACAUUGCAUCAAAAAUAGCAAAUGAGCUUAAGCUGUAAAGAAGUCCAAAUUUACAGGUUCAGGGAAGAUACAUACAUAUAUGAAGUACAGUUUUUGAACGUACUGGUAAUGCCUAAUGUGGUCUGCCUGUGAAUCUCCCCAUGUAGAAUUUGCCCUUAAUGCAAUAAGGUUAUACAUAGUUAUGAACUGUAAAAUUAAAGUCAGUAUGAACUAUAAUAAAUAUCUGUAGCUUAAAAAGUAGGUUCACAUGUACAGGUAAGUAUAUUGUGUAUUUCUGUUCAUUUUCUGUUCAUAGAGUUGUAUAAUAAAACACGAUUGCUUAAAACCUUGUAUAGUUGUCUAGAUUUCUGCACAUGAAUGUACGUUUGAUGCUUUGAUUUGAAAAUGUUCUUCCCUGUUACUUACAUUCUGGUGGGUUUUUUAAAUUCUUACCUCCAUCAUGCAAUUUUGAAAAUUGUGUCCAGAAUUAAAAGUGCAUAGAAAUAGUCUUUACAAAGUUGUAGCAUGGACCUUUAAAAAUUGUUUUAAAAUCAUAUUUAAAUUUAAACCAGAAGCUGAAAAAUAGAUCAGCUUUAUUAUACACAAAAUUAUUACUGCUUAUCUUUGCUCUUUUCCUUGUUAUCCCACAAGGUUUAGUUGAGAAGAUACAAAAUGUUUACAGUGUUGGCACUUAAGAGUUUUUAAAUUCAAGUACAUGAAAUUCAAUAAUAGCAUUGCCUUGAGCUAACUAAGAAGUACUGGGGAAAAAGUUAAAUCUACAUCAAGUUUCUUUUGAACUUUGAAGUGUUUUCUGACCCACUGCUAAUUGUAGCAACAAAAUUUAAAAGGAAAAAAAACAUACUUUAUCUGGCUAUUAUAACAUAAAUUGUCACGUAGGUUUGCUGCCUUCAGCAUACCGCAAUAUAAUUGCGGGAAUAUAAUAAUAUUGGGACUGUUUCGUAGCACAAACUCAUCUUUACAGUGUUGAUCAAUGCAUCAGUUAAGAAAUAAUGCCACCUCAGGAAUUAACUGGCAUUGGAAACAUUUGCCUCAUUCUCCUCCUAUCCUCUUCAUUCACCCCUGCCACUGUAAUAUCUAUAAGUACUUAAGAGACUUGUGAGCAAAACAUACUAUUUAUAACAGUAUAUUAUUGAUUUAUGCUUAUGUGGUUGUUGAGUUUGUUCCCAUGUAACUCGUUUGUUUUAAAUAUUUUGCCAGAUUUCUUGUAUUUAUUCCACAUCAUUAUGCCUAUAAUGUGCCGCUUUGUGAUUGGGCAUUUGCCUACUUUUCUUUCAUAAUUAGUGAUAUAUGCGAUGUAAAACCACUAGUAAAGGUACAUUUUAAUACUUGUUAUUUUAUACUGAAUUAGCCUUGGAGGUUGACUGUGCAAUGUUAUUUACUGUUGUAAUUACUGUAAUAUCAACAUAUGGGCCCCAUCUGCACACUCCUGAAAAAUAGAAAGUGUAUUCAAAUUUUAUCAGUUUAAAGAAAAUAAAGCUGUGAUAAAUACUGUAAUUCCAACCUACAUUAGAAGGUCUAAGUGUAGGUGAUGUGCCAUUCCAUAAUGGCUUCCAGACUAGGGUGAAUUUUACAUUCUGUACUGUACUGUGAUGUAGCUUUCUUCUGUAACAGUUAUGUUCUAAAAUUAAGUGAGGUUUUGUUUUUUGUUUUUUUUUUGCCUUAGCAAAGGGUGGUGUUUGAAAAAAAAAAAAUGUGUAGCCCCUUUUUAACCUAGUGUUCAUUCAAAAAAAAAUUGAUGCAAAUCUUUAUUCACUUUCACUGGUGCACACUGAAAUUUUACUUGAACAGUUCUCAUAAUAAAGCACUUGUCUUUUGCUCUUUAUCAGAAUGUGAAUUACCUGUUUUCUAGUACAAAAGUAAUCUGUAUGAGGAGUUUAUUGUAUGUGUUCUAAAUUUAGUUGGCAAAAGGUGAAGCUGUGAAGGUUUUCAAGAUUAUUGAAGCUAUGAAGGUUUCUUGUCAUUAUGACAAGAAUAUUUAAUCUUUUUAUAGGAAUUCCUGUCACUGAAAUACUUUUUUAAAAAAAUAGACCUCCUGCUGUGUUUUCCACGGUAGAAACUGAUGUUUUUUUACAUUUUCUCACUGUGGCCAACUCUUCUGUGUUUGUAGAAAGGAAUUUGACUUCAAUAUCUUUUAUGAACUAAAAAUGAAAUCUUGAUACUCACUUUAGAUUUUUCGUUUUAUAUGUUCAUGACAACAAAUAUUUUUCAAAGGUUUAGAGGAAUUUUGCAAUAUGUUUGCAUAAAUAAAUACCAGUUUAUGUUCACUGGCUAUGUGAUACCAGGAUUUCCUUGGCUUCUGUUGAAAUAUUAUUUGAUAUGACAUCCCUUAUAUUAAAUUAAUUAUUUUGU